AUGCAGCAGUGCAGCCGCAACGAGGCGUCUUUGCCCGCGGUAUCACGGUCGCCGGCACGCCUCGAAGCGAGCCACGCCGGCCUCGCCAACCUUGGCAACACAUAUUACAUGAAUGCCACUCUGCAGUGCCUAGCGCACACGCCGCCACUGGUCGACGCGCUGCUGUCGGAGCAGUGCGAGUCCACCACGGUCAAUGCUCUCACACGCGUGGUCUCUGGCAUCCUUGCAAACGACGCUGCUUCGUACCACAGCGACCAAAAAGCCUUGGUACCACCGUUCCACUCGCCCACGACGCAGCAAGAUGCGAGCGACUACCUCGCGUGGCUCGUCUCGGAUCUUGAAGUCGCUUCAACAAUUCCCGAGGAUGUUUUCGGCUCGUACUGA